AUGGAAGACGAUUCACCAGCAGCUGUUGAUAUUGUUAUGAAAUAUUCAACAUAUGAAGAAUUUCUUGAUUCACAAGUUACUCGUUUAGAUCUAAGUUAUCUUGAGGAUGAAGAAUUAGCUCGACAACUUGUUGAACUUGGCUAUCGUGGUAGUGGAGAAGUAAUUAAACGAGAAGACUUUUAUGCUCGAAAAGCAGCUGCGGAACAAUUACUUCUUUCACGACGUAUUCAAGCACCAAAAUUAGCCAGUGCAAAUAAAGAAAUAACUGAACCAUUAUUACGCGAACUUGCUGACACUGAAGAAGCUAAUCGAACAGGAAAAAUGACAACAAUUAUUUUUAUUCGUGAUCGAAAUUCUCGACAACAAGAAAUAUCUGGUUAUAUAGACUAUGCACAUCGAUUAAAAUCUGAAGAUUUUGAAGUAUAUUUUGCUGGCAAGAAAAAAUUAAUACCUAAACCAACUGAUCUUAGUUAUUAUAAUUGGGAAAAUCAAAUAUGUUGUUCAAAUAAUACACCUAAUUUUCAAUUAAUAACAAAUCAUCUUGAUGGUCUAUUAUUUAAAAGUAAACGAGAUAGAAAAAUAAUUAUUGUUGAUCCAAAAGCUCUAUCAUAUGGUGAUAACACUAGCCGAAAAGAAAUUAAAUCGGAUAAAUAUAUACAAGUUAUUGUUUAUCGUCAUUCAACUCGUCGUAAAACAUAA